AUGGCUACCCCUAGUGUCCUCACUUUUGACGCUAAGGGUCGGGCCAUUGACUUUGACGUCUGGGUGGAUGACCUGCAGCUUUUCCUACAGUGCGAUAGGGCAGACGGUCUCACCCUCUUUGACCUCACCUCUGGUGCCUCUCCUGCCCCUGCUGCUGAUGCCGACGCCACUGUUUGCUCACAGUGGGCCACACGCGAUGCUGCUGCACGUCUUGCUGUGCGUCGCCACCUGCCUACCUCUGAGCGUGUGCACUUUAGCCAGUACAAGAGUGCUCAGACCUUGGGUGUUCCCCCUCCCCACUUUUGCCCUCUGUUGCCUCUGCUGCUGCGGCCGACCUCGUUGGGCUUGAGUCGGUCGAUCCGGCGUCUACCCCUAGCGGGAGACGCCGCCCUGGCAAGGGCAAGGGGGGCAGGGGCGCUUGAGGAGCUAGCGGGGGCGGUGGAGGCGGCGGAGGGGGUGGGGGUGGCAGUGGGGGUGGUGGCGGGGGUGGAGGUGUCGGUGACGGCACUGGAGGCGGAGGCGGCGGCGGCGGUGGCGGUGGGAGCGGAGGUGGCGGAGGUGGCGGCGGUGGAGGAGGCGGCGGCGGAGGAGGUGGAGCUGGUCGGGGUGGCGCUGCGCAGAGGGUCGGCUCCGGUGGUGCGGGGUGGGGGUACUGGUCCGUGCACCUACGUCCUACGCACCGGCGACCGAGCGGGUGAGCAGUGCGGGGGUGCGCACUCCACCCAGCGCUGCUUUGGCUGCCUGACGGACGCUUGGCGUCACCAGUUCCCGGAGGCCAGCAUUGAGACUGCUUCUCUAGGUACUGCUGAGACUGUUGGUCUAGGUGCUAGCGAGGCUGCUGCUCUAGGUGCUCGUGCAUCUGCUCCCUCAGGUGCUGGUGAGCCUGCUCUCUCAGGUACUGCGUCGGCUUCGGCCUCCCACACCUUCACCCUUGACUCGGGGGCUUCUCGCUUCUUCUUUCGAGACCGCACCACACUCACGCCGCUUGGCCGGCCAGUUGCAGUCUCUCUGGCGGACCCCUCUGGGGGUCCUGUCCUUGCUCACUUCUCUACUGUCCUCCCGUGUCCGGCGGCCCCCUCUGGCACCUUGUCUGUUCACUCCUGCGAGUCAGCGGUGACCCACUGCACGGACGCUCGGACAGGCCGACACCUGGCCACGUUUACACGUCGGCCGGGGUCGAGCCUGUACACACUGACCACUGAAUCUCCUCCAGUCACUGCGUCUAGUCAGGUAGCUGCGUCGGGUCAGGUGUUUGUUGCAGCGUCCAGGUCUAGCCCUGAGUCUGCCCCCUGCUCGUGUCGCCUCCUGUCUCACGAGACUCUCCUCUGGCACCACCGCCUUGGUCACCCCUCCCUGCUUCGUCUCCAAGGCAUGGCCUCCCGUGUCCUUGUCUCUGGUCUUCCCCGGUCCCUCCCUCCCCUUCCUCCGGGGCCUGGCCCUAUCUGCGUCCCUUGUGUCGAGGGGCGGCAGAGGGCAGCCCCUCACUCCUCCCAGUUUCCUCCGACAGAGGCCCCGCUGCAGACGCUUCACAUGGACGUGUGGGGCCCGGCCCGCGUCCGUGGACAGGGUCACGAGCGCUACUUCCUGCUGGUGGUUGACGACUACUCGCAUUACACCACAGUCUUCCCCUUGCGCAGCAAGGGUGAUGUCACUGAGACCUUCACGCUUCCGGACUCUCCACAGCAAAAUGGGAUUGCUGAGCGCCGCAUUGGCAUGGUCAUGGACGUCGCCCGUACGUCCAUGAUGCAUGCGGCUGCCCCCCAUUUUUUGUGGCCGUUUGCCGUUCGGUACGCGGCGCAUCAGAUCAACCUUCACCCCAGGGUCUCCAUGCCGGAGACCUCCCAAGCUUUGCUGUGGACGGGGAAGGUUGGCGAUGCGUCUGCGUUCCGUGUAUGGGGAUCUCGGGCGUUUGUCCGUGACUUGUCUGCGGACAAGCUGUCCCCUCGUGCUGCUCCUUGCGUCUUCCUUGGCUUCCCCCCUGACGCGCCAGGGUGGCAGUUCUACCACCCCACCUUUCGACGUGUUCUGUCCUCCCAGGACGUCACGUUUGACGAGUCGGUCCCCUACUACCGCCUCUUCCCCUACCGCACUCCGUCCGUCCCCCCGCCACCGCUCUUCCUUGUGCCAGGUCCCCCCCCAGUAGACCCCCUCCCCCCUCAGGGUCCUGCCCCUUCAGGUGUGUCCCAGGUAGACGCAGUCGGGCCUGUCGAGGUUACUGGUGACUCUGGUGCUGAGCCUGAGGGUGCUACUACUAGGGGUGCUGAGCCUGGGAGUGCUACCACUGGGGGUGCUGAGCUUGGGGGUGCUGAGCUUGGGGGUGCUACGCCUAGAGGUACUGAGCCUGGGGGUGCGGAGCCUGAGGGAGCUGGGCCUGCUCGUGUGGCGUUUGGCGGUGCUGGGCCUGGAGGUUCUCCGGGCGCUUUGUCUCGGCGGGAGCCACUCUCUCCCCAGGAGCUGCGCGAGUGGUUUGCCCGGCGCUGGAGGCGUGCUGCUAGAGCUGGAGGUUCUUCUGCUGCUGAGGGUGCUGGUGCCGCGGGUCCCGGAGGUGCUCGUACCGGGGGUACUGGAGCUGCUGGGCCUGCGGGUACGACUGGAAGUGGAGCUGCUGCGGGUGUUGGCGCUGAGGUUACUGCUGUUGGUCCUGGAGGCGGUCCUGCUGGGGGUGCUACUGGUGCUGCUGGAGGUACUGGAGCUGGAGGUGCUGCUGGCGCUGGUGCUGCCGCUGGGGGUACUGGUGCUGUCCCUGCUGUGUCUGGAGUCGUCGCGCGGCCUCGGUCGUACUUCGUUCCGCUCCUUCAGCAGGUUCUCGGUCUUCCGCCCUCUACUAGUCCUCCUCCUCCCUUAGAGUGUCCACAGCCUGUCACGUCACAGUUACUGUUACAGCCGGCCUCCCCACUGCCUGCUCCUUCUCCCUACACUGGUCCUACUGGAGGUCUUGCUGAGCGUCGUGAGCCUAGGUCUCACCCUGCAUCGCCUGUCCGUCCUGCUCGCCCUUGUGGUCGUGGUUCGCGUCAGCGUCCUCCUCCUGUCCCUGGCACGCACCAUAUGUCUCCGCGUCAAUCCACUGCUCCUCUGCGUGCCCCUUUGCCUUCUCCUCCUGAGUCCUCUCUUCCUGCUCUUGCCGACCCGGAGUCGGACUCUCUUCGUACUGCCAGUCCUACCGUCACGCGUCUCCUUGCUACUAUCGUCACUGACCGUUCCUUUGAGUCCACUGCUGCGUCUGCCCUAGUUGUUGAGCUCGUUGACUUUGCUACCCGCUGUCGUCUAGACUACGCUGCUAGUCUUGUCGCUGAGCAGGAGGAGUUCCAGUGUUUGGCUGCUUCUUCACCGCAUCUCGUGUCCGUACUGCUUACCCCUGAGGGAGACCCGGAUGCACUUGACAUCCCGACUCCGCGCUCUUACGCGGAGGCGAUAGAGGGUCCCUACUCCUCUCAGUGGCAGGCAGCUAUGGAUGCAGAGAUGGCUUCCUGGAAGUACACAGGCACCUACGUUGACGAGGUUCCCCCGCGUGGGGCGAACAUCGUCAGUGGCAUGUGGAUUUUCAGGGUGAAGCGGCCGUCGGGUUCUCCGCCUGUCUUCAAGGCGCGCUACGUGGCUCGUGGCUUCAGUCAGCGGCAGGGAGUUGACUACUUUCAGACCUUCUCUCCCACCCCGAAGAUGACCACUCUUCGGGUACUGCUGCACGUAGCUGCUCACCGCGGCUACGAGCUGCACUCUCUUGACUUCAGCACUUCUUUCUUGCAGGGCAGCCUAUACGAGGAGAUCUGGCUGCGUCGCCCACUUGGCUUCACUGGGACUUUUCCUCCUGGCACCCAGUGGAGCCUUCGGCGGCCAGUCUACGAUCUCCGCCAGGCACCACGUGAGUGGCACGACACACUGAGGACUACACUUGCGGCUCUUGGGUUUGCUUCGUCUACUGCCGACCCGUCGCUGUUUCUCCGCACCGACACUUCUUUGCCGCCGUCCUACAUCCUCGUGUACGUCGACGACUUGGUCUUUGCCACAACUGACACUGCUGGACUCUCCCACGUGAAGUCCGAGCUGCAGAAGAGACACACGUGCACAGACCUGGGUGAACUGCGCAGCUACAUUGGCUUGCAGAUCACCCGGGACAGAGCACAGCGCACCAUUACCCUGACUCAGUCACACAUGGUGCAGCAGGUCCUUCAGCGCUUCGGCUUCACGUACUCCUCGCCUCAGGCCACUCCUCUGCCUACUUGCCACUCGCUCUCAGCUCUGCCUUCGGAUGAGUCCGUAGAGUCGAGUGGCCCGUACCCAGAGCUUGUUGGCUGCCUCAUGUACCUGAUGACCUGCACACGACCUGACCUUGCAUACCCUCUUAGCAUUCUCGCACGCUAUGUUGCUCCUGGGAGACACAGACAAGAGCACAUGGCUGCAACGAAGAGGGUGUUGCGCUACUUGUGCAGUACGUCGGGCAUGGGGCUUGUGCUUGGAGGGCAGAGUCCACUGGUCCUCACUGGGCACGCAGACGCUUCUUGGGCUGACGACCAGGCUACGCAGCGGUCGUCACAGGGUUACACCUUCAGCCUUGGUUCCGGCUCUGUUUCGUGGCGGGCUACUCGCUCGUCUUCUGUUCUCGGCUCCAGUUGUGAAGCUGAGAUCUACGCCGGGGCGAUGGCUGCACAGGAUCUUCGCUGGCUCACCUACCUGCUGACUGACCUCGGAGAGCCGCCUCGUUCUCCUCCAGUGCUGUACGUAGACAACAAGGCCAUGCUGGCCUUGUGUCGAGAGCAGAGACUGGAGCACAGAACGAAGCACAUUGCUCUCCGCUACUUUCUUGCUCGUGAGCUACAGCAGCGUGGACAGUUGCGGCUUGCGUACGUGGCCUCUGAGGCCAACACUGCUGAUGUCUUCACCAAGGCACUUGCGCCUUGUGAUCAUCAGCGCUUCUGCACUCAGCUGGGUGUUGUGCCUGUCUUGCCUCACUUGCUCACUUCUUGA